UGCGAGUGAGAGGGCACGCUGAGGAUCCCUCCCCGGGUGCCGACGUCCGGGCUCCGCCCCUCGCCGCGCCGUUCCCUCCGCGGAGGCAGGCAGAGCUCGCUCAGCUCUGCGGACGCCGCCGCCUUCUUUACCUCCUCCUUCUCUCGCCGGUGUGCGAGGGCCUCGCCCGGCAGCGGCACUGUCCUGGGUGGGCGGCUGGGCCCGCGCGGCUGCUGAGCGCUCGGCGCGGGGAAGCCAGAUCCUCCGCCCGCGCGGCGCCGUGACAGGUGCAGAGUCUGGUCUGAAGACCCACCUGCGGUGGCCGCCGCGAUGCCCACAGUGCGGAGGACCGUGUCGGAGAUCCGCUCCCGCGCGGAGGGUUAUGAGAAGACUGAUGAUGUUUCAGAGAAGACUUCACUGGCUGACCAGGAGGAAGUAAGGACUAUAUUCAUCAACCAGCCCCAGCUGACAAAAUUCUGCAAUAACCAUGUCAGCACUGCAAAAUAUAACGUAAUCACAUUCCUUCCGAGAUUUCUCUACUCUCAGUUCAGAAGAGCCGCUAAUUCAUUUUUUCUCUUUAUUGCACUGCUUCAGCAAAUACCUGAUGUAUCACCAACAGGUCGCUACACAACACUGGUUCCUCUCUUAUUUAUUUUAGCUGUGGCAGCUGUCAAAGAGAUAAUAGAAGAUAUUAAACGACAUAAAGCUGAUAAUGCAGUGAACAAGAAACAGACCCAAGUUUUGAGAAGUGGUGCUUGGGAAAUUGUGCACUGGGAAAAGGUAAAUGUUGGAGAUAUAGUUAUAAUAAAAGGCAAAGAGUAUAUACCUGCUGACACUGUACUUCUCUCAUCAAGUGAGCCCCAGGCCAUGUGCUACAUUGAAACAUCCAACUUAGAUGGUGAAACAAACUUGAAAAUUAGACAGGGCUUACCAGCAACAUCAGAUAUAAAAGACAUUGACAGUUUGAUGAGAAUUUCUGGCAGAAUUGAGUGUGAAAGUCCAAACCGACAUCUCUACGAUUUUGUUGGAAACAUAAGGCUUGAUGGACACAGCACUGUUCCCCUGGGAGCAGAUCAGAUUCUUCUUCGAGGCGCUCAAUUGAGAAAUACACAGUGGGUUCAUGGAAUAGUUGUCUACACUGGACAUGACACCAAGCUGAUGCAGAAUUCAACAAGUCCACCACUUAAACUCUCAAAUGUAGAACGGAUUACAAAUGUACAAAUUUUGAUUUUAUUUUGUAUCUUGAUUGCCAUGUCUCUUGUCUGUUCUGUGGGCUCAGCCAUUUGGAAUCGAAGGCAUUCUGGAAAGGACUGGUAUCUCAAUCUAAACUAUGGUGGUGCUAAUAAUUUUGGACUGAAUUUCUUGACCUUCAUCAUCCUUUUCAAUAAUCUCAUUCCUAUCAGCUUGUUGGUUACAUUAGAAGUGGUGAAAUUUACCCAGGCAUACUUCAUAAAUUGGGAUCUCGACAUGCACUAUGAACCCACAGACACUGCUGCUAUGGCUCGAACAUCUAAUCUGAAUGAGGAACUUGGCCAGGUAAAAUACAUAUUUUCUGACAAAACUGGUACUUUGACAUGCAACGUAAUGCAGUUUAAGAAGUGCACCAUAGCUGGAGUUGCUUAUGGCCAUGUCCCUGAACCUGAGGAUUAUGGCUGCUCUCCUGAUGAAUGGCAGAGCUCACAGUUUGGAGAUGAAAAAACAUUUAGUGAUUCAUCAUUGCUGGAAAACCUCCAAAAUAAUCAUCCAACUGCACCUAUAAUAUGUGAAUUUCUUACAAUGAUGGCAGUUUGUCACACAGCAGUACCAGAGUGGGAAGGUGAUAAGAUUAUUUACCAGGCAGCAUCUCCAGAUGAAGGAGCCUUGGUCAGAGCAGCCAAGCAACUGAAUUUUGUUUUCACUGGAAGAACACCUGACUCAGUGAUUAUAGAUUCACUGGGGCAGGAAGAAAGAUACGAAUUGCUCAAUGUCUUGGAGUUCACCAGCGCUAGAAAAAGAAUGUCAGUGAUUGUUCGCACUCCAUCCGGGAAGUUACGACUUUACUGCAAAGGAGCCGACACUGUAAUUUAUGACCGACUGGCAGAGACUUCAAAAUACAAAGAAAUUACCCUAAAACAUUUAGAGCAGUUUGCUACAGAAGGGUUAAGAACUUUGUGUUUUGCCGUGGCUGAGAUUUCAGAGAACGACUUUCAGGAGUGGCGAGCGGUCUAUCAGCGGGCAUCCACGUCCGUGCAGAACAGGCUGCUGAAACUGGAGGAGAGCUACGAGUUAAUUGAAAAGAAUCUUCAGCUACUUGGAGCCACAGCCAUCGAGGAUAAAUUACAAGAUCAAGUGCCUGAAACCAUAGAAACUCUAAUGAAAGCAGACAUCAAAAUCUGGAUCCUUACAGGAGACAAGCAGGAAACUGCCAUUAACAUUGGACACUCCUGCAAACUUUUGAGGAAGAACAUGGGAAUGAUUGUUAUAAAUGAAGGCUCUCUUGAUGGAACAAGGGAAACUCUCAGUCGUCACUGCACUACCCUUGGUGAUGCUCUUCGGAAGGAAAAUGACUUUGCUCUUAUAAUUGAUGGGAAAACCCUCAAGUAUGCCUUAACUUUUGGAGUACGGCAGUAUUUUCUGGACUUAGCUUUGUCGUGCAAAGCUGUCAUUUGCUGCAGGGUUUCUCCUCUUCAAAAAUCUGAAGUUGUUGAGAUGGUUAAGAAACAAGUUAAAGUCAUAACACUUGCCAUUGGCGAUGGAGCAAAUGACGUCAGCAUGAUACAGACGGCACAUGUUGGAGUUGGAAUAAGUGGCAAUGAAGGCCUUCAGGCAGCUAAUUCUUCUGACUACUCCAUAGCUCAGUUCAAAUAUUUGAAGAAUUUGUUGAUGGUUCAUGGUGCCUGGAACUAUAACAGAGUCUCCAAGUGCAUUUUGUACUGCUUCUACAAGAAUAUAGUCCUCUAUAUUAUUGAGAUCUGGUUUGCCUUCGUUAAUGGCUUUUCUGGACAGAUCCUCUUUGAGAGAUGGUGCAUAGGUCUUUAUAACGUGAUGUUUACAGCAAUGCCACCCUUAACUCUGGGAAUAUUUGAGAGAUCAUGCAGAAAAGAGAAUAUGUUGAAGUAUCCUGAAUUAUACAAAACAUCUCAGAAUGCCCUGGACUUCAACACCAAGGUUUUCUGGGUUCAUUGUUUAAAUGGCCUCUUCCACUCAGUUAUUCUGUUUUGGUUUCCACUAAAAGCCCUUCAGUAUGGUACUGUAUUUGGAAGUGGGAAGACCUCUGAUUACCUGCUGUUGGGAAACUUCGUUUACACUUUUGUGGUCAUAACUGUGUGUUUGAAAGCUGGAUUGGAGACAUCAUAUUGGACCUGGUUCAGCCACAUAGCGAUCUGGGGCAGCAUCGCACUCUGGGUGGUGUUUUUUGGAAUCUACUCAGCUCUGUGGCCUGCUGUCCCCAUGGCCCCUGAUAUGUCAGGAGAGGCAGCCAUGUUGUUCAGUUCCGGAGUCUUUUGGACAGGCCUGUUAUUUAUCCCUGUGGCAUCUUUGCUUCUUGACGUGGUGUACAAAGUUAUCAAGAGGACUGCGUUUAAAACAUUAGUGGAUGAAGUUCAGGAGCUGGAGGCAAAAUCUCAAGACCCAGGAGCAGUUGUGCUUGGAAAAAGCCUCACGGAGAGGGCGCAACUGCUCAAGAAUGUCUUUAAGAAGAACCACGUGAACUUGUACCCAUCAGAAUCAUUGCAACAAAACCUGCUCCACGGGUAUGCUUUCUCUCAAGAUGAAAAUGGAAUCGUCUCACAGUCUGAAGUGAUUAGAGCGUAUGAUACCACAAAGCAGAGACCCGAAGAGUGGUGACAGGGGGCGGGGAGGGGUGAGAGGCCAGUUCUGCCACGUCUCUAAGGGGAGCUCCCAGGUCUUCACCAGAAUCUGCUGACCAAUUCCAGUCUGGUCCAAGGAGGGGAAAUGGAUCUGAACUCAUCUCAUUGACUGACGUUCAGAUUCAUGUAUAUUAUAGACAUAAGCACUGUGCAACUAUACUGUAACACCAUCUCUUUCAGAUUUUCUAAAGUAUUUACUAAGUCUUUGUAAACAGAAAUGGAAAAUGACCUUGUAUCUUGCCAGAGUGUUUUCUUAAACUGAGAAUAGGUCAGUAUUCUUACGCUGUUACUCUGGGGCUGCAACUAACUAUCAGUGUGUUGGAUAUACCACAAGGCAACCGACCUUUACAAAUCUCUAAAAUGGUAGUAAGUUAAAGGGACUCCUUGAUAUCCAUUUUAGAUUUCAGAAUAUGCUGAAAAAAACCAGCCUUCUUAAGGAAGCGACUCGCUGAGCAAAAUUUCUAAACAAGACAUUAAUAAUAAUAAGUGUUUGUGUCAAAAAUUGUCUUGAUAAAUGUUUGCCAAAGAAGUUUAAUAAAUGUAUUUGUCAUUCAGUAGUCAUUUGCCCAGAAAUUUAAGAGAAGGUUUACCUCUAGUUCUGCUGUAAGAUCUGCAUGCCUGACUUUACAAAUCUAAGAGUGAUUUGCAAAAACAAGUAUUUCAAGGCAUUUGCUACUAAAAUCUGUGAUGUUGCACCUUUAGCCUUACAAAUGCUUCUUUCUCGUUCGUCUUGUCUAUUUGUUCAAGUUGCAGUGCACACGUGGUAUGUGACUGUCUUUAUGAUACUGAUUUUUAAAACUGUAUUUAUGUCUCCAUCCUUUCUAAUGAGGUUUCAUCAUCAUUUAGAUUUUUCUAACAACCUGGCUUCUGCUGUAGAUUGAGUGAUGUCAUUUUGUCUUCGAGUUUUCUCUUUUAAGAAAAAUAUGCUUACAUAUUUAUGUGAGGUUUCCAAUGCUUCUGUCAAGGUGUUUGGAAUACCAUGUUGGAUAAAUGCAUGGGCCUUUGUAAUAUCCGUAGACUCAGCUUUUGUCCUGUGUUUUGGUUUUCCCUGUUAGUGCCCACUCGAGAUGCCUGCUGUCUUCAAUGGCACGCCCAGUGUUAUGGUGACUGCCCUGUACUUAAGACUGAGAAUGACUUCACAGUUCACUAGUCAAGCAGCUCCCAAAAUUAGUCACACACUGCUAAUUGGGACAAAUACGUAGUACCUUUUACCCAUUUUAAAAACACCUAUUUUACUCAAGCCUAUAACUUUACAAAGAAAAGUUCAUCAUGAGUAGAUUUUUGUUAAUAUGCUUUAAAAUGUGUGUUGAGUUUAAUUAUUUUCAGCAUUUCCAAGACAUCUGAAAAUGCUUAUUUUGCCACCAACAAUAAAUGGUGAAGGGGCUGUUUAAAAACCACAACCAGUUUUCUACACUAUUUUUAACAUAAUGCUUUCAUGUGGAAAUAAAAAGAAUUCUAGCUUUCAGAUACACCUCAGAGAUUGAAGCAAACUUUUUGCCUUGUAUUCAAAAGCCUGUUUGCCUUUAAGUGGACUUACCAGCAAAAUAGGUACAACUUCCUCUUAAAAAAAAUAAGUCAACUACAAUUGAGAAGAGAGGAGAUUUUCAAAUCACUCCUUGAGUUUAAUAAUUCACAUCUUUUUUGUCCUUUUUCUCAACCUAGAUUUAAAAUUCAGCUAUAUAUUAUUUCCUUCUCUGUAUUUUUAGCUAUUUAGUUACCUGUAUGCCUCCCACAUUUUCUACACAUAAGAGAGGUUAUAACAUACAUAAUUUGAACUUAAAGGGGGCAAGGAGUUGACAUACUUCACUCCCUAGACCCUUCCCAUUUGGAGAUCAGAUUAAGAAAAUCAUAAAUUCAAACAUCUAACAAGAUCACAGGCGUAAGGGUCUAAGAUCAUGUUCGAAAUUCAGAUUUCACAGUCUUUGUCUACUGAAUGGCUAUUCGGAGCAGCUUUUCUGGGCCUCCAUGAUGAGAGUUGAGGUCAAACCACAAAAAAUGAAAAACAAAAAUCAAGUACAACGAAUAAGGAUUUUUAAAAAAGAAGAAGAAUAAACUACAUCCCCCUAGAGGAACACUUCAUAGCAGUUCCAGAAAAGGGCUGCUUCCAUUUCCCCUCACCUCAUAGGUGACAUCCUUCUCCAAAAUUUUAAUAUCAAAAUGUGAUGAGUUUAAUGGAAUUGAAUUUCCUGGCUUAAACGAAAUGCUUUAUUUUUAUCCUGAAACAUGAAUCGUUUCUGUGGAGCCCUUCAACAUGAGUGGAAGACUCAUGGUUAAUCAUGUGGAAGAUCAUGAUCUGAAACAUGACUAAUUUAUGCCUUUUGGUCCCAUGGAUCUAUUUUUGAAUUAUCAACAUUAAGUCAGUCUCUUAGCUUCUUGGGUGGGAGUUGGGAGUAGGCAGCAAGGAGUGACCACCUUGGUAAAACUUAAAAGAUAACAUUGCAAUUGCAGUGACUUUGUAGUGUUAAUUAGAGAAAAACCCUCUGAUUCUUUAACCUUGGGUGGUGGGGGGAAGUAACAGAGUUUUACCAAGAUUAAAAUAAACAGUUGAGGUGACUUUUAACAUGUAUUUUCUGAAAUAAGGGACACUCUUCGAUUAAAAAGUCCCUUGUAGGAACUCCGGCAAGUGCUAACACCGUUGCUUUACAAUGUUUACAAUUCGGAAAAUACUACUUACUGAAGAAAAUCCUCAUUCAUUUCACCCUGAAAAGCUGGAGGUUGCUUCUUUAAUGUUAACUAGUACACAGUGAUAUUGAGCAUGAACUUUCUAAAUGUUUUACAUACUCAAAUAAAAAUAUAUUGGUGUCUCCCACCCAGAAAGAUGCUAUAUAGUAGAAAUUAUUAGCAGGAAAAUGGUGUUUCUCAGGAAUGUAGUAAAUUUUAAAUGACAUAUGUGCUGCCUACCCUCCCACACACCACUCUGUCUGAUGUGAGCCUGCUUCAGCAACGUGGCAAAGUUAAUGGAAAGCUUUUUCUAAUGAAGUCAGGUGAACGUGUGUUCUAUUCAGUAUUAGCCAUUUACAUGAAUUGUAUGGUCAUUGAAUGGACUCAGCGAUUCCUCUUAAUUUUCAGGGGAAAAAAUGAAUUCAAGAAAUCAACAUUUAUUCUGGUCAUAACAUUUUAUAUUUUAAUUUUGCAAUUCUGCAUUCUAAAUAUCCAGUAUGAAAGUCACGUGAUAGUUUGUUCUGCAUUGUGUGCACGGUACAUCACUUGUAAUCUGUCAUUUAAAUAUUCUUUCAGGAAACGAAUGCCAUUCUGAAAGUACUAGAUUGCAUAUUCACAAUUUUUUAUUUAUAACAAUGUCAUCGUUAUUACAAAGCUAAAUAAUCAUUGGUGUUUAUUUUUGUGCAGUUUGCCCUUUGAUGUUUCCUGGUUCUAAAACUUACAUUACCAAAUAAAUCUGUAAUUAUGUACAAAAUUCAUUGAGAAAAUUCCCACCCUAUUCACAUCAUAUGAACCAGGCCUAUGGAAUUCUUUUUUGUAAAUUAUUUAAUGUAACACCAUGCAGUUCGGUGCCUAAUAAAUGCUUUUUAAUGAUCAACAUUUCUAUAAUGCCUCUUAAAGAGACCAUAGUCUGAUUUUUCUCACGUUAAAGUAACUGAAGUCACUUGUGAAACUGUUAUACUUUGCUGCAUUUUAAUUAGCCUUCAACAGCUAUUAAAAUGGAAUGUAAGUUAAAUUUUGAAGGAAAGGAAAUAAAUGUUUUCCAUUUUUCGUCUUGAUUUAUUUUCUAUAUGAGAGCAGCUGUGUUUUUGAUAGGUUUAUGGUUUGCAUGAAUUAAUAUGUAAAGUGGCCUAGGCUAUUGCAUGGCUAUUGCUGUAAAUCUUGAUGUUUAUUUCUGCCUUAUAAAAGUCUCUCAUGGCCUACCUGGAAUUUCAUAUUCGGUGUACAAAUUAAUUGGUCCUCCACACAACUUUUUUUUAGUAAGUAAAUUAUUUUACAAACAAAUAUGAACUAAUUUAAUUGAAACUUUUGUUUAGCUUGCCUCUAAGAACUUUUCUUAAUAAAGCUCACAAAACUUCUCAGCAAAUAAAUCUCCCUUAAGUAGGAAAAAAAAAAAGCUAGAUUGCAUACUUGCUUACUUUGAAUUAACAGCAGCUUUCCAUAGGUAAAUCUGCUCUUGCAAAGAUGUGAGCAGAAUAUUUAAAAAUAUAUAUUUUUAUGUUUCAUGGUUCUAGACUAGAAGCCAUAAAUGCAGUAAAUACUGUUUGUUGCUUGUUUUACUACUUGAAGCUUCAUUUUUCACAUUUUCAAGUUUAUUAGGCUAAAAAAAGCAGCCUUGGAAGGCAGCUACUAUGGAAAAUUGCAGUUUGCAUUAAAGAUAAAAUAGUAUUUUCAGCUCCAUGAAAAACCAUUCCUGCUGAAACUGCUGUAGAAAUUGUGAAGCUGCAUGAGUGGAGAGUAUUGAAUCUGUGAUUAUAGUAGUUUUCUCAGGUGUGUUUAUCUCGAUGUUCAAUGCACUGUGUUUUAUAAAUAGUUAUUAAAGUCGAGUAAUAUUCAAUUCUAUGCAGUGUUAUGUGUCAUUGGCCUUUUGUGAAUGUGCAUGUUUUAA